AUGAGAGGCUUGUGUAGAUUUCAUGCCCCUUGCGGCCCCAUCGCCGCCACCUGCGGCCCCGUCGCCACCACGUGCGGCCCCGUCGCCGCCACCUGCGGCCACACCGCUGCCACCUGCGGCCCCGCCCCCACCUGCGGCCCCGUCGCCGCCACAAGCGGCCCCGUCGCCGCCACAAGCGGCCCCGUCGCCGCCACCUUCGGCCACGCAGCCGCCACCUGCGGCCCCGCCGCCACCUACGGCCCCGUCGCCGCCACCUGCGGCCCCGUCGCCGCCACCUACGGCCCCGUCGCCGUCACCUGCGGCCCCGUCGCCCUCCCUUAG